UGGUGUCAUGUCCCCUCCAGUGUUACAGCUGCAGCUGAGGAACAAAGCUAACUCACUGAGCUUGUGGCAGAACCUGGAAGCCGUGCAGGCCAGCGGCCUGCUCACCAAGUUACCACAGAAAGAAAUCAUAAUGCAGGAGACCAUGUUUGAGCUUGUUACCUCAGAGGCAUCCUACUAUAAGAGCAUGGAAGUUUUAGAGACUCACUUCCUACGAAACCCUGGUUUAACCAACACUCUCAGCCAGUCCGACAUGCAUUUUCUCUUCUCCAACAUCGAGGAAGUCAUGAAAACCAGUGAAAGGUUCUUGAUGGAUCUUGAGCAUCGAAUUGAGAAGUCUAUUUUGAUUUCUGAUGUGUGUGACAUUGUUUAUUACCAUGCUGCAGAACAUUUCAGCGUCUUCAUCAAAUACGUCACUAACCAGGUAUACCAGGAGCAGAACUACAGACGCAUUUUAGAGGGAAACCAGGCAUUUCGGGAGACCAUGGCUGCACUGGAGAAACAACCAUGUGUCAGGGGCCUGUCCUUUACCUCAUUCCUCAUUCUUCCUUUCCAGAGGAUCACAAGACUCAAGCUGCUUGUACAAAAUAUCCUGAAAAAGGCAGAGGAAAACUCAGAGAGGGAAGCAAAUGCUAUAAAAGCACAUCAGCAACUGGAGCAGAUUGUGAAAGAGGGUAACGAGGGUGUGCGAAAAAUGAGUCGUACUGAAGAGCUUAUCAGCAUGAGAAAACUGGAGUUUAAAUCCAAGUCUGUGCCCAUAAUUUCUCACUCACGCUGGCUGCUGAAGAAGGGAGAAGUGCAGUUAAUGACGGGACCUAAGAGCACUAGGACCAUGCGCAGUCGUAAGCUCUACCAACCAGUCUACUUAUUCCUUUUUAACAAUCUGUUGCUGGUCACCAAGCGCACCUCUAGUGGGGACAAGUUCCACGUCCUUGACUCCUGCACGCGGGCAAUGUUGAGGACUGAAGAUCUUGAAGACCAGGGCCAGCUGUUGGCCAGUGUCUUUAAUCUUAAGCUGCUGGAAAACCAAGAGGAGCGUCCAGUCAACUACAUGCUCAAGGCCUCUAGUAUGAGCGACAAGCUACGAUGGAUGUGUGCUCUCACUCCUAACCGGCGCACACGCUUUAUGUCUACUAGUGCCCACCAAACAGACACCCCACAGGUGCAGUGCAUUCAGUCAUAUUCAUCUCAGGAGCCAGAUGAACUCUCUAUUGAGAUGGCGGAUGUUUUGAACCUCCUAGAGAGAACAGAUGAUGGCUGGAUGAUGGGUGAAAGGCUCCAUGAUGGCGAAAGGGGCUGGUUCCCUAGUCGAGUAGUAGAGGAGAUCCAGAGCAAGGAGGUCCGGGCUCAGAACCUAAGGGAAGCCUUUAGGAUCCAGCAGGCUCAGGAAGUUGGAGGAGGCUCACAAACUGGAACCAGGAGUGGUCAAAGGGCAGGGAGACGCACCCCAAAGGUCUCCAGCUUCUCCAGUUCUUGAAUUGAUUAAAUGGAGGAGAACAGUGAAAUAAAGCAGUGAAUUUCUAACAGUAAGGAAUGUCACCAUUCAGGGCCGUAUGCACUAAGAGAGAAAUUAUCAGGAUACUUGUGUUUUAAAUACCAUACAAUAACAUAUUGUCCCUUUGAUUUUCACUUAGCAGUGGAUGGUUUUAAAACACCACAGUUUUGGUCUUGGUGAUCUGGGACAAGUGAUCAAUGUGCUUGAGUCAGUAACCUAGUACAAGCGAUGCUGCAUGUCUCAUAUAAAUGUAUAGUGAAGGUGUCGUACUAUAUAGGCUCACACACUGUGGUGGUUAAUCCAUGGAGCAAAGCUCUGUGUUUGAUUGGGAGCUUUGUGUGGGGCAAACCUAAAAUUGUUUGUAAGAGUACUGUAAAUAUCUCUCAGCUGCAUGCACACUUUUUAAAACAUUUAAUGUUUUUUUUUUAAUUUAAAAACACCUUUCAACACUGAAUUAUUGCCCAUACCAACAAUACAAAUUGUUAAGUGUAUGGUGGCCCUGAGAACUAAUUGCACUGUAACAUAAUAAACACACAUAUAAAGUAAAUCAAGAAAAUAUUGUCCUCAAUUUGGCAACACAAGCAGCAUUUUAAAAAAUGCUCCGAAAACAGAAAACACAACCAAAUACAGAAACAAUGCAAGUCACAAAGAACACAACAGAGCUAACAAUGUUAGAUUUUUCUUUUCUUUUAAUAUUUUGAUUGCAUGAUACAGAUAUCACAUGCCAUUAAUUGAAUUUGUAGGCUGGAAAUCAGUUAAAAGUUAGCGCAAGGUAACAGUAAAUACCUGCAAAAAUAUUUGAAUCCAUCCAUCCAUGGAUUGGAUUGGGGGGGGGGCUAUAAUAAUCAAAAUAUUAAAAUGUACAUUGUUAGCUCAUUUUAUAACUACAACUAAUUGUGGACCUCCUCUGCCACACCACACACCAUGUGCCCAAGGUGUGUUCAGUGUUCAGGGUCCCAUGAAAAUCUUUUGUAUUACGUAACUCUAAAAUGCAGUAUUUCCGUCUUUGGUUGUUUUCUCCAACCGUUUUUGGCUGUGUUCUCUCUUUGCAGCAUUUUUAAGUGUUGUCAGAUUGAUCAAGAUGUUUUCUUCUUUCACUGGAGUUUUGUUUGCUUGUGUGCAAAAUCACAGUUAUUGAAAAAAUCAGUCUAUGAAUAUUCAUAUGAAAGCAUGUCAGUUAAAGUGUCACUCCACCCAAAACAUAUCUAUUUAGUAUGAACACUAAAUACAGUCACAUGGUUUCUGGCUGUAAAGGGUUGUUCCAUUAUGGAGAACAGUGACAGUAUUUAGUCUGGGUUCACAGCCUUUACUGUACAACAGUGUUAGGACAACCAUAGAAUAGUAAUGACAGAACCCAGUGUAUGAUAUUUUUAUGAGCCCUAUUAACCUUGAGAUACAUGCACAAGUUCGCACGCGCACGCGCACGCACGCACACACACACA